UAACGUUAACUUGUUAUUCGCUUUAGCUAGUAACCGGUUACGUAGAACUAUGGCUAGCAUUGGCUACACGGCGUGGAUGUCUCGCAUGGGCUGGUUAACGGGAUUGCAAACACUGAAGUCUUAACAUAGUUAGCUAAGUCGUUAACAUUUAACUGACAUUCAAGCAUUUCUUGGCAACUAUUUAACUAGCGUUAAUUGUUUCCAUGUACGUUACAGUAACGUUUUCUAACGUAGUUAAGCUGCACUGGCUGGCUUGUUUAACAAUACAUUGGAAGCUAAUUAAGUAGCAGACCGUAAGAGCUUCGCCAGAAAAAAAUAUCGUUGUGCACAAAAGCACGUGUAACGUUAACUACAAUGGCGACCGAUCAGACAACUGAUCAUGUAAAUGGGAAUGGUACAGAGGAACCAAUAGACAUAACUGAAGUGGACAAAACUACAGCUGAGGUUAUCCAUUCAGACAAUUUCCAGACUUUAUUAGAUGCUGGUUUACCACAGAAAGUUGCAGAAAAACUAGAUGCAAUUUACAUAGCAGGCUUGGUAUCGCACAGUGACCUAGAUGAAAGGGCUAUUGAAGCAUUGAAAGAAUUUAACGAAGAAGGUGCUCUACAAGUCCUGCUUGAAUUUAAGGAAAGUGAUCUGUCGCACGUGCAAAACAAAAGUGCCUUCCUCUGUGGAGUAAUGAAGACUUAUAGACAGAGGGAGAAGCAAGGAACCAAAGUUUUAGAUUCCACGAAAGGACCAGAUGAGGCGAAAAUAAAAGCUCUGCUUGAUAGAACCAUCUAUACACUUGAUGUGACAACGGGUCAGCGGAAGUAUGGAGGCCCCCCCCCAGAGUCUGUGUAUUCAGGUGCUCAACCCACUAUUGGAACAGAGAUAUUUGUUGGGAAAAUUCCUCGAGACUUGUUUGAGGAUGAGCUGGUGCCCCUCUUUGAGAAGGCGGGACCUAUCUGGGAUCUACGUCUAAUGAUGGACCCCCUAAGUGGCUUGAACAGGGGCUACGCCUUUGUCACCUUCUGCACUAAAGAGGCUGCCUCGGAGGCUGUAAACCUGUGUAAUAAUCAUGAAAUACGCCCCGGCAAACACAUUGGAGUGUGUAUAUCUGUUGCCAAUAACCGGCUGUUCGUCGGCUCCAUCCCCAAGAGUAAAACGAAAGAACAGAUUGUGGAGGAGUUUGCUAAAGUCACAGAGGGUCUUAAUGAUGUCAUACUGUACCAUCAGCCAGAUGACAAAAAGAAGAACAGAGGUUUUUGCUUUUUGGAAUACGAGGACCAUAAAACUGCUGCUCAGGCCAGACGCAGGCUAAUGAGUGGCAAGGUGAAAGUGUGGGGGAAUGUGGUUACUGUGGAAUGGGCAGACCCCAUCGAGGACCCAGAUCCAGAGGUUAUGGCCAAGGUCAAAGUUUUGUUUGUCCGAAACCUUGCGAACAGUGUUACGGAAGAAAUACUUGAAAAAUCCUUCGGACAGUUUGGUAAACUGGAGCGAGUGAAAAAGCUGAAAGAUUACGCCUUCGUUCAUUUUGAUGAGAGGGACGCUGCAGUCAAGGCGUUGGCUCAAAUGAAUGGCAAAGUUCUGGAAGGAGAGCACAUUGACAUAGUUUUUGCAAAGCCCCCUGAUCAGAAGAGGAAGGAACGCAAAGCUCAGAGACAAGCAGCCAGAACAAACAUGUAUGAUGAUGAUUAUUAUUACAACUACGGCCCCCCUCAGUUGCCCCCUCCCACAAGAGGCGGCCGGGGUAGGGGAGGUUAUUCUUACCCACCCGACUAUUAUGGCUAUGAUGAUUACGACGAUUAUUAUGGUUAUGAUUAUCCCAACUACCGCGGGGGAUACGACUAUGACUACGACUACUACGGCUAUGAUGACUUUCAGGCUCCCGCUAGAGGAAGAGGUGGCAGAGGUGCACGGGGGGCAUCCCCAGCCAGAGGUAGGCCAGGCGCUCCCAGGGGAAGAGGUGGCUUUUCCCCGCGUGGUGGUCCAGGAUCAAGCAGAGGAGGUGUGCAACAGAGAGGCCGCGGCGGGGUACGUGGUGUGAGGGGUGACCACAGUGGAAAUGUAGGAGGAAAGCGCAAAGCUGAUGGGUACAAUCAGCCAGAUUCCAAGCGGUGCCAAACCAAUAAUCAGAACUGGGGCUCUCAACCCAUUGCUCAGCAACCGCUCCAAGGUGGUGAUCAUUCUGGUAACUAUGGUUACAAAUCUGACAACCAGGAGUUUUAUCAGGAUUAUUUUGGGCAACAGUGGAAGUAGAACAUUAGGGCUUUAAUUCCAAAUCCUUUUUUAGACUUGAUCUGAUUGGCCCUAAAUCCAUAUGGUUGCCUCACUUUUUUUCCAAUUUGGUGACAUCUGGCAAGAUUUCUUGUAUAUAUUUUAAUAAUCUGCUUGUACUUGAACAGUAGUCACACUUCCAACUGUUUUUGACUAACUGGUUUUUUUUUCAAAGUUGAUUAAUGCGAUUUCCAUAAUCAGGUUUAAAGAUUAAAAAAUGUGCAAUCAUGUGAUCCAGCUAUUUUAUUUGGCUGUAGUUUUAUGUAUGUUUUUAGUGAUUCCAUGUUUUAAGUAGCUAACAGCAACUAAACUUAUGUCUCCUAAACAUGUACCUACUUAAAACAAAUGACACCACAAUUUGUAUGUUACAGAAGAUAAUGCUAGGAAAUGGCGUGUCUUGUAAAAAAGAAGAAAAAAAAGACUAGUCCUAUUUAUUGGGCUUUACAUUUUGGCUUGUGUUUUUUUUGCUAUUUGUCUGCUUUAAUAAACAUACACGCAGAAGUGUACAAAACCUCAAA